GGGGAGGAGUGGAUGCUGCAGCCUUGUAGCUAUCUGUACAUUAGACAAGUCGUUACUUGGAAGCUUUUUUCUCCUCCUCUUCUUCUUCGACAGGAGGCAGUGCAGAGCCGGGGACCCUAGGAAGGUGCAUUGCUGGUGGCCCGGUUGUCCUGCUGUCAUCAUGACUCUGGCUUUGCUGCUUCUUCUGCUGGGUACCCUUGUACUCUCUCAAGCAACCUCUUUGUAUAACAGCCCGCUGACAGCCAAUGACCGGCCCAUCAUCGGUAUACUAGCACAAGAGACCCAUUUUGAUGAGUUGCAGACGUUUGGUAGAUCAUACAUCGCUGCUUCUUAUGUGAAGACCAUUGAAUCUGCUGGAGCAAGAGUAAUUCCUAUACUACUUAAUCUUGCAGAGGAAGAGUAUCAAAAGAUCUUCAACUCUAUCAAUGGAAUACUGUUUCCCGGGGGCGCUGUUGACCUUGUAAAAUCUGAAUAUGCACGAGUUGCUAAAUUAUUUUACAACUGGGCUCUUGAGGCCAAUGAUAAAGGUGACUAUUUUCCAGUCUGGGGAACAUGUUUGGGAUUUGAGGAGCUAACUUAUCUCACAAGUGGAGAAAUUUUACUGACUUUGACUGAAACUGAAGAUAUUUCAUUGCCUCUUAACUUUAGCGCAAAUGCUCUAAACAGCAAAUUAUUUAAACAUAUUUCCAAGGAGUUGUAUACAGCUCUCUCCAGCAAGCCUAUAACGGCAAACUUCCACUACUGGAGUCUCUCCAUGCAGAAUUUUACUAAGAACGAGAAGCUGAGCAAAUUCUACAAUGUCUUGACAACAAACUCAGAUGGAUCAGUGGAGUUCAUUUCUACGUUUGAAGCCUAUGACUAUCCUAUUUAUGGAGUGCAGUGGCAUCCUGAAAAAAAUCCAUUUGAAUGGAAAAAGGCAUCAAACAUAUCCCAUUCCUCAGAAGCUGUGAGAGCAGCCUUUUAUAUGGCUGAAUUCUUUGUUAAUGAAGCCAGGAAAAGUUCCCACCACUUCACUGAAGAAGAAGAUGAGACCAAAGCUUUGAUUUACAAUUACUUCCCAAAAAAUACUGGAAAUAUUUCUGUAUUUGAGCAAAUGUAUUUUUUCUAAUUGUCAAUGUGUGUCCAAAAGUGCAUUUUAUGUAGUAAGGCUGUUUGUGCUGUGCACUAUUUUCAUUUGCAGCUAUAGCUACCAUGUGAAAAGCCUUACUGUCAGUUUCACUACAACUCAAAAAAGAACCCUUGUUUGUCUAAUUUAUCUGCCAAUAAUUAUAAUCCUUCAAACUCCAUGUUGUAAAAAAAGUCUGUUGCAGUAAUGGGGGUUAUUGUAACACUCAAUGUUGGAAAUAAAAGAAGGAAGUGCAGUGUU